GCCUGCCGUUUGAGCGGACCGGCCGCGGCCGCCUGGCAUAUAAGAGCCCUCCUCUCCCGUCUCCCGGAACCCCGGUGGGCUCGCAGGAGUAGACGGGUACUGCACGAUUCCGUCGCCUCAUUGGCGGCUCCUGCCAGGCCGCGCGCUCCUCUUGCCGCGUCUCCUUCCCCACCGGUUGCGCGUUCCUCAGAGGGAAUUCAGAUUUCCAGACCGCAGGGCGGCUGUCACUGCUGGAAUUAAUGCUGGGAUAAUGGAACGUUGUAAUUCCCAUAUCUGGCAUGCUGCUAAGCUUUGGUUCGACUUGCGAAGCUCAAUUCGCACGGGCCAUCCAAGUUGUCAUUCCUGAAACGACGAGUGCUCACAAGAACAUGCUUAAGCUUAACACCGUAGGAAGUGCACGCGAAUUUGGGGCCGGCAAAAGCUUCAGCGGACCUGAAUUUUCUUCUGUUUAUUCCUAAUCUUGGAAUUCUUCAUCUAUUCCGCAUUUAAUUUCUUUGAAAACGAAACAUGCGUUCCGAGCAAUGUGGAGUUGUCCUUUUCAAGUUUCGACUUAGCAUGUGCAGGAAAGUAAUAAAGGUCUCCGCAUUGAGAUGUGGCACAAGUGGUGGAGCAUCAUCCUUCAGAUAAACUCUUGACACGUUCAGGAGACGUUUGAAACCGUCCUUCAGCGUCAUAUAACAAGCAGAUCAACGGGAGCUUGAUCCUACGUCAGUAAACGAUGGGUUUCUUCUCAUUGUUUCUGGUGGCUUCUAUGCCAAUCAUCCAGGUCCUGCUCAUUGGUCUCGUUGGAGCGUACCUGGCCUCCGGCUUCAGCAAUGUCCUGACCACAAGUGCUCGAAGGGAUAUGAACAAGGUCGUUUUUACCGUAUUCACCCCAUCUCUGAUGUUCGCUAGCCUUGCAAAGACGGUCAAGCUCGAGGAUGUCAUUUCUUGGUGGUUUAUGCCAGUUAAUAUAGCAAUCGCGUUCAUGGUCGGUGGCGUUCUGGGUUGGAUAGCAUGCAACAUUUUGAAGCCACCACAGCACUUCAGGGGCCUGAUCAUGGCCUUCUGCUCAGCAGGAAAUCUCGGAAACCUGCUCUUGAUCACUGUCCCGGCCGUUUGCGAUGAAGAUGGGAACCCAUUUGGGAAGGAUCGGAGCAUUUGCCGCUCGCGCGGGAUCUCCUACUCAUCGUUGUCCAUGGCUUUGGGUGGCCUUUUCAUAUGGACACACACAUACAGCCUGAUGCAGAAGUCAGGCAAACUGUAUCACAAGAUGCAGUCCAGAAGCAUCCAGUGCCCAGCCGACAGCGACGAGGAGCAUUCUGUCCAAGACGCGGAGCAUUCCAAAGGCAAAGGAGAUGGUCCAUCUGCCUACAGUGACGAGGAGGCAUCUCUUCCGACGUCAGUUAAGCCUGAUGAGCGGACAGAUGAGAAUCCAAUGGAGGCCCCGCUCUUGUCCUGCGAAAGUGAGCUCGCCGACAAGGGAUUCUGGACAAAUCUGAAGGAUACUGUCCACCAAUUUGUCGAGGAGCUGAUGGCACCACCAACGAUAUCCGCAUUAACUGGGUUUGUUGUUGGCCUGGUCCCAUGGUUGAAAUCGCUAAUCAUCGGCGAGGGAGCUCCGUUCAAAGUCUUACAGGAUUCCCUCCAACUGAUGGGCGAUGGCACGAUUCCUUGCAUCACCCUCAUCCUAGGUGGAAACCUGACGCAAGGGCUUCGGAAGUCGGGGCUCAAGCGCACGGUGAUCAUCACGAUCGUCUGCAUACGCUUCGUGAUCCUGCCGCUGAUCGGCAUCGCCGUGGUCCAUGCCGCGUACGGAGUCGGGUUCCUGUCGCACGACCCGCUCUACCGCUACGUGCUCAUGGUGCAGUUCGCCCUGCCUCCGGCGAUGAACAUUGGAACCAUGGCCCAGCUGUUUGAUGUUGCACAAGAGGAAUGCUCCGUGAUCUUUCUCUGGACGUACCUCGUUGCGGCGAUUGCGCUGACGACAUGGUCGACGAUCUUCAUGUCCAUUCUGUCUUGAGCCACCGCAGGUGCAGGAGCCAUGGUCGUAUUUGCGAGCCUGUGCUUGCAAAGAUUCAGCUUAGCAAGGAGAGGGGACGAUAUUCCCCUUCCUGUAUAGUACAGCAGUAUAGAUACGUUAUUUGCAGUAGAUUAUGAUCAAAUGAUCAUUUAGGUAAUUAUUUGUUGUUGUGUUUGUAUUGAUCUGAUGCCUGACCUGAUGGUCGGCAUAGUUCAAACAAUUUCAUGGGAGUUCGGUUGCAGUUUUGUUCACGUACACAUGCAGAAACAAGGAAUUGUCUCAAAAGAAAAGAAAUGAAGAAAUGGAUAAAGAUACUGUCUCAGACA